AUGGGAACCCAGAAGUUAGGGUCUAACCAAUGGACUAGUUCAAAUAUAACGCUCUUUGUGACCGACCUCUCCGAAGUAGGCGAGUUCUUACAAGAUGACUAUAAUUUUGAAACGAGUUUGAGACUACUCAAUGAUAUAAAGCUACAGACACAUAUUCAAUCGCUUAAUCCUGUAAAAUUUCGUAUAAAACAACUCGUUAGCCAUUUAUUUACUCGUCAUGUUUUAAAUAAAGUUCUCAAAAACUCACUGAACUUUCUGCAAGUCCAAUUUGCAUAUAAUGAAUAUGGCAAACCACUUAUCAAUAAUUUGGAGUUCAAUUCGAGUUCAUCAAAUGACAUUAUCGCACUUGUUGUUUGUAAUGGGUCCGCCAUUGGCAUCGAUUUGUCCCAUCUGGAACAGAACAUUUCAAGUGAAAGAUAUUUGGAUGAAUUCAAACCUAUUUUCAGUGAACACGAAGUCGAGCAAGUCAAUUCGUACUUCAAGUUUAAUCAUUUCUGGACUUUAAAAGAAUCGUUUACGAAAUUAUUAGGGUGUGGACUAAAUAUUGAUCUUGCUGAUUUCUAUUUCAAGGUGGGCGAUGGAUUCAAUGAAGAUGAGUAUGCAAGAGAUUACAAAUAUUGUGUGCACCAGCAAGAGAGAUCGCAACAACAACAACAACAGCAACAACAACAGCAACAACAACAGCAACAACAACAGCAACAACAACAGCAACAACAACAAGAAAUACAACAAGAAAUGCAACAAGAAAUGCAACAAGAAAUGCAACAAGAAAUGCAACACAUACAACAGGAAAGUGAGAUCGAGAGACAUUUUGAGUUGAAAUGGUUCUCAGAUAUUACCAUAAACGCCGACAAGUUAUUUAUAGAUAAAUGCAAUUUUGUUAGCAAUAUACGUAACGAAUUUUAUUGCUGCAGUUCAGUCUUGAAAAAAGGCAAUAUCGGCGGUACCGGUGGUGGUAAUGGAAAUAGAGAAAAAUUACCAGUUAUUAUUUCAUUGAUUACAAGCUAUCCAAUAAAAAGUAUCAAAUGUUUUGAUAUAAAUAUGACUGCACUAUUGCAAAGGAAUGUACACUCAUGA